AGCGCUUAGGCACCACCCACACUCACAUCACGUGACCCGUGUCAUAUGACGGUAACCUUAAUACUCAAACGCCCCUGUUCAACCAACGGAACGAGGCUAGCUGUUAGCUUCUAGUGUCAAGACGGCGACAUGAGUUUCCUGGGAGGUUUGUUUGGACCCAUAUGUGAAAUUGAUGUGGUGCUGAAUGAUGCCGAGAACAGAAAGACGGCUGAGCUGAAGACAGAAGAUGGUAAAGUAGAGAAACACUACCUAUUCUACGAUGGAGAAUCAGUGUCUGGCAAGGUGAAUCUGAAUGUAAAACAGGGAGGAAAGAGACUGGAGCAUCAGGGCAUUCGCAUUGAGUUUGUCGGACAGAUCGAGCUGUUUUCUGAUAAGAGCAACACUCAUGAGUUUGUGGACUUGGUGAAAGAGCUGGCUUUACCCGGAGAACUCGCCCAGAACAGAAGCUACGACUUUGAAUUCAUGCAGGUGGAGAAGCCCUAUGAGUCCUACACUGGAGCAAAUGUCAGACUAAGAUAUUUUCUCAGGGUGACAAUAGUCCGUCGUCUGUCUGACUUAGUGAAGGAAUAUGAGAUGAUUGUCCACCAGUUAGCCACCUACCCAGACGUCAAUAACUCAAUCAAGAUGGAGGUCGGCAUAGAAGACUGUCUUCACAUCGAGUUUGAAUAUAAUAAAUCUAAAUACCACCUGAAGGAUGUGAUUGUUGGGAAGAUUUACUUCCUGCUGGUCAGGAUCAAGAUCCAACAUAUGGAGCUCCAGCUCAUCAAGAAGGAGAUAACAGGCAUCGGUCCCAGUACAACAACAGAGACGGAGACGGUUGCAAAGUACGAGAUCAUGGACGGCGCUCCAGUAAAAGGAGAAUCGAUUCCCAUCAGACUUUUCCUGGCAGGAUAUGACCUGACUCCUACCAUGAGAGAUGUCAAUAAGAAGUUCUCUGUGCGCUACUUCCUCAAUCUGGUGCUAGUGGAUGAGGAGGACAGGAGAUACUUCAAACAACAGGAGGUUGUUUUGUGGCGAAAGGCUCCAGAGAAGCUGCGGAAAAGAAACUUUCAUCAGCGCUACGAGUCACCCGACCCCAGAAACCCGCCGGUGAACUCGGAGCAGCCAGAGAUGUGACAUGAUGGCCCCACUAAGAACUGAAAAUACACAGACACAUCAUCAAAGCUCGUCACUGCUGAAACGCCGGCUGUGUGAGGGCUUCCUUGCCGUCUCCAUGGACUGAGAAGUGUCUGCAAACAUCAAUACACAUAACUUCUCCUCAGGCACCCACCUCCCAACCCCUUCCAUGAUCCCCCACCCCCAUCAUUUCAUGGCUUCAGAUGUGAGCUGCCACCAUCAUUCUCUCCUUCUGGUCCAACACGCACGCAUACAGAUGCACAUGAGCGUAGAAAACAAGUCUGCUGGAUGCUAAAUGUCAAAGCAAAAGUGCAAACCAGCCCAAGUAAUAAACAGUGAGACAGCAUUUUGGAUUCUGGCUCCUCAGACUAAAAACACACUUAAGCACACAUAAGUGAAGCCAUAAAGUCUCAUGUGGCUGAAUGCAACGCAAGCAGGAGCAAAGAGGAGGAAACAAAGAAGAUGGCUGCACUGGUUCUGUUUUCUGUAUCAGGAGUUUUUCCGGUUUGCUCUGAAUAGCCUUGUUCCUGGACUUUCUGUUUCACGUCCCUUCCACCUUCACCGACGUAGAGAUGCGUCUAGAGUCUGGAUGAGCUACUUGAUGAGAAACUUCAAGAUGUGAGGAUUUUUUUUUCAUCGACUUGAAGAUGCGAGCGGCCAAGCUAUGAGUUGACACACAUGCUAUAUUUACUCACAAUAUCCUAACUGUGAGCUGUCAUUCACCGAGCUGAACACCUAACAUCUUCACAUUUGACCUUUACUCUAAGAUUGUUGCAACGGUUUGCAGAUUGUUUCUUCUAGUUUGAUUUUAGCUUUAAUUUGGGAAUUAAGUGCAAGAAAUACUCAUCUCAACAGAAAGCUCAUGCUGUAUUUGAUGUUUUGAGAAGAACAAUCUAACUGAAGUCACAUUGGUCCAAAAUGGACUUUUUCUUUCUUUUUUUUUUCUUUUUUUACAUUGUUUAUCAAAAUGGCACUUAAGUGCAACAAAUUUGCAUGUUUUCCCACUGAGUCUUGAAGAAAUCUAGAAAACUUAAAACCCAUCUCUUAAAUUUCCACCUUUUGAUUUGAGAAACCACAGUAUUUUGAUGUAAAGCUGCAUCAGAGGCAAAAGAGCACGCUUUAACUGGUAAAGCAGAAAUGGUUUGAGUUUAGAGUUUUGUUUUUUCAAAAAUGACUGAAGUGAUGACGUGACCUUCAAAGAACCUUCUGUUUUGUUUUUGUCUAAUUUGACCGGUUUAAUAAUAAAUCCUACAUGCUUAAGUUCCAUGCAGCAUGUUUGUGUAACGAUAAAUAUUUGACAUAGAACAUGUUUUGAGUUUGAUCAGGAAUUCCCCUAAAUGUAUUUAAGGUAUGAUGUCAGCUUAAGUUUUGGGACAAAGCCUUGUGUUUGAUACUAUGUUUCUGUUUGUUCAUGACUAACCUGUCAACUUUCAAUUGUAAAGGGUUAUUUCCCAAACAUUUUAGAAAAGAGUUAGUUUGAUGUUCAGCUAUGUUUACACACAGACAAGAUUGUUACUACCAUACACUUGCUAUCAGGAAUCACCAGUCUGUUUUUUCUGAUUUGUGUUUCUUCUUUAAUUGUUUGUCUCAUUGAGCCCGAUGGUUUGUUUAUUUCAUAAUGUAAUAAAUAGCUCCUAUAGCUUCUAUUGGAUGCAGUGGAAAGGAUGCACUUUCCACAUACUGUAAAACUUAUCUAUGUUCCACUGUGAUGCUCAGACCUGUGGUCUAGGUCCUGCUUUAAAGACACUGUUACCAGUCCCAUGUGAUGUUUGCCUUCAGCUCUGACUCAUGGACAGUUUACUUCACUUUGUGUUGAGGAGGUGCUGAAACUGAACAUGAGUCAAAGACUGCUUCACCUGGUUUUUGAGAGUUAUCCAACUUAUGUCACUACUUUAAGUUAACCUAAUAUAUUUAGUGUGGCUAUUUUUGUCUAUGGUUUGCAAUUCCUUUUUUCCUUUCAUGUUGAUUGAUCUCAGUUUUUGUUGUUUGGAGGCGGUGUAAUUUAUUUCAAAACAAUACCCGACCCCACCACCACCACCCCUAACAGAUUAUUUCUGUCUUCAUAAAUACUGUCCUGGUAGGAUUGGGGGGCUUACUUUAAUUGCUGUCAGAAGUUGUGAGGAAACACUAUAAACAUGUUCUGUAUCUCUUCUUUACUGCAUGUUUGUCUUCUCAUGCCCUUGUGUGUUUGAGCGUGUGCGUGUGAAAGUGUGUGUAUCCUGCACACACACCAACCCCAAAAAUAUAUAGCUGAAACAAAUUAUAAAUAAAGCAGAUUUAUACUGAA